UCAGCCCCCAUGUAGAUGUGAAUGAAGUAACUAAACGGUGACUUUUCACAGUGGAACAUGAUGAAUGAAGUAAUGCAGGGUGACACUUUUCGUUGCAUAGAAUGUGGAUUUUCUGCAAGAGAGCUUUACCAUGAUUACGGCAAUGGAAUAAUUAAAAUAUCUCACUGUGAAAAGUGUAAACAAGUGGUGGAUAAGUAUGUGGAGUUCGAUCCUGUCAUUGUUCUGUUAGAUGCUUUACUCUUCAAACCUCAGGCAUAUCGUCAUGUACUAUUCAACAAAGUCAUUACAUUUCACUGGCGUGUGUGCAUAGUGUGCCUUCUCUGUGAUGCCUAUAUGAAAUGGGCACACAAGUCUGCUGCCCCCACUGAGGGAGAGAGUAAGCCAUUCCUAACCUACGCCCUCCAGUGGGACUUUUAUGCCAUGUUUAUGAUCGCAGGAUUGGAGUUAUUAGCAUUCAUAGCUGGUGUGGUAGGCAUCUGUUUUCUACAUUCUGCCCUCUCAAACAGCCGGGAGCAUUGGAAAGCAAGAUCAUCUCGUCUAGUCAAAGCACUGUUGCUGUCCUCAGCGGGCAAGCUACUGGUCAUCCCUGUGGUUAUCUGGGGUGAGACACAUAUCUAUACCACCCUUCUACUGACCAGGCUCUUCAUGGCAGUGGCCAGUACUCAAGCCAUUACAGUGAUACUGGACUGCCCACACAUCACCAGCAUAUCACUAAUUGGGUGUGGGUUCAUCACAGAGGCCUUAGUGAGCUUACUAACGCCCUCUAUUGAGAGCAUCCUCUUUGUGAGCUGAGGGAUGGAUGCCAUGGAGACUUGGACCGUUUGAUCAUCCAAGCCCAAUGUGUUUCUCAAAUUUACAGAAGCGACAGGAUCGUACUCGCUAUCUUGAUGAUAGUGCUGUAGAAGUGUUUGAGAUGGAGCCUUGGUAUGGUGCGAGGUGUACUGCUUCAUCAUUUCCAAGUAGCAUGGAAACUGCAGAAGUGGGAAUGAGCAUAUGUACAAAGGACACCAGUGCAUAAAAGUUCCUGACCGUUAGUGUCCAUGUGACGUACGUAGCAUUGUAUUACCCAAAAGGCUAAUAAUGGCUGGUAUUUUUUCCAGUACAGUACUGUGAACAUUACUGGAGGAAAAGGUCUGCUCCACCAGCAGAACUUGAGUCGUGCAAACCUUGAACGGGAUGUUCUACUCGUCUCCAGAUACCACUCGAUCUCCCUUUGAAAUGCUUUCAUCUAUUGAAAUAUGAACAUACUAGCCCAUGAUACUUCCACUAGCAAACUCUGCAAUGAACUUCCCUGGAUUGUAUACAAAAGGGACUUUUUGUUCCAUUGAAACUAACACCCGAGAAAACGGCCGACUCAUAAUUCUGAAUGAAAGCAGCCUAGUUUGGUGCAAUAAUUCUACUGCAGAGUAUGCAACAUUAUAAGCAAGAACUACAACUGCACCAAAACAGUUUUUUAAAUUGGUUUUCUUCAUUUGAAACAAGAUGGUAUUAAAUGACUACAGUUACCUGAAGAA